CCCUCUUAUUUUGCUUUCGUCGUUGUUGCUGCUGCACAGUGCAAAUAACAGGUUGCGAGGAAAAUAAAAAUGGCGAGUCCCGUGGAGGAGGAGGUUCCGGUUUCAAGCCCAGUAGCGGCGGGAUCUCCCGAGAAACCUAUUGUUGAGCUGCCCGCGCCCGAAGGAUGGAAGAAAAAGCUUAUUCCAAAGAAGCGGAAGGAUGAGAUUGUUUACUAUGCCCCAACAGGGGAUGAGAUCAAGUCACGGGCACAGCUGGAGCGCUAUCUGAAGACACAUCCUGGUGGCCCUUCCAGUUCGGAGUUCAGCUGGACAACAGGGACCACGCCAAGGAGGUCUUCGAGGUUGAGUGACAAAAUGCAGGCAGAUUCUGAAACUCCAGAGAGCGAGUCCAAAAAGACGCCAUCAAAGCGCUCGAGGAAAUCAGGAGCUGCUGAUUCCGAGGACACCAAAAAUUCAAAGAGAAAGAGCAAGUCUGAAACUGCUGAAGGAAAUGAGGAUUCGAAGGAGGAGGUAAUGAAAGAUGUGGAACCGGAGGAAUCAACGAAAGAAGAUACUGUCACAGAAAUAGUGGAAGACAAUAAUGAUGGUAAAAAGGAAGAAGCCGAGCAAGGAAAGCCAGAAACGAAGCAAGAUGGCACAGAUUCAGAAAUGGUGGAUGUAGGCAAACCAGGUGAAGAUAAGGUGGCUGAUCCAGAAGUCAAUACAGAAAAGGAUGAGGAAGCAGUGAAGGGACCAGAAGCUCCAAUGGAGGAGGAUCAAGUGCUGACAAAAGAACCAGAAGUUCAUGCGGAAGAAGAAAAGUCCAAUAAAGGGGCAGAAGUCCCUUUGGAAGAAGAGAAGCAGGGAAAAGAAUCUGAAAUUAACUUGGAGGAAAAGACAGAGGAAGAACCUGAGGUUCAAAUUGAGGACAUGGCAAAAGAAGUUGUUGAUAAAGAUCUAGCAGAAGAGGUGAAGUCUGAGGAUAAGGAAGCACAUGGAAAUGGUGUCAAUAUUGAGGCUAAGGUACCAGCUCACGAUGAACAUCAGGAGCCUGUAGACCUGAAAAAUGAGAAUGGAUAUGACAAGGACUCCCUUCAGCAAGCCUAUGAGCAGCACAAACCAGUGGACUCAGUGAUGAGUCAUGAUUUGAAGGAAAAUGAUACUAAUCAAGAGGCUACAAAGAUACAAUCCCUUCAGCCUCCUACCAACAGUGAGGCACAUCAGCCUUCCGAACAAGUUGGUGUUAGCAGCUGAAACUCACAGUUUAAGCUGAAUAAUUGUCUAUUAUUGUAGGUUUACACAAUUCGUCAGGAUUCAUGUUCCAAAGUUUGGACUUUGGAAAUUUAAGAGAAUUCUAGGUAAUAGAAAAGGGUUUUACUUUUUCAGUGUCACAAUCGCCUUGGGUUCAGUAGGAGGUUGAGACAAAUUGAAUUCCUGCAAUGAAUUAUAAGAGUGGAGCAACUUCAUAUGCAUUUUGCAGCUACCUGGAAUGCAUGUUUCCACUGGCAAGAGAAUUCAGAUCUUUUGAUGCAAACUUUGUUACACGUUUCUCCUAGAAUUUGUUUGCAAACUUGGAUGGAAACAAUUUGUAAGUUUGUUUCUGCAUUGUCAUUUUAAUAUGAUUUUUCAUGGGUAUUGUAGAGCCCUUCCAAGACUA